AACUCAAAUGCGACUUAAAACAGCCUGACUUGUGCAAUGUAAUGAAAAACCAUUUAAUUAUGUCGGAAUCGGCAUUUUUCUCAAUGAGCACGUGACGUCUACUUUCGUUUUACUUUCUUUGAAAGACUAUCAUAAUGGCGAAAGCGAAUGUCGACAACCAAAUGCAACUGAACAAUUUAACCGUGUGUCCCGUUUGUUUCCAAAAAUACAUCAUCCCAAGGAUUUUGCCAUGUUCUCAUACAUUUUGCCAUGCUUGUCUUGACAGCCAUAUCAAAUCUUCUUGCGAAAAAACGACGCCUUUAGGAUUCACAUGUCCUCUUUGUAGGGACUUUGUACCAGCACCAGGAGUAGUAGGACAGUAUGCCUCAGACAAAUGGAGUGAACUGAUCCCAACAAACAAAUUUAUUGUAUCUUUGUUGGAAAAAUGCGGUGAUUUGGUGAAUUCUGCUAUUUUGUGCGAUGUAUGUAAAACCGACGAAAAGGAAGAAAUUGCCGUCAAUUGGUGUAAAGACUGCGAAAGUACCUAUUGCGAAACUUGUUCAAACAUGCACAAGAAAUUAAAUCCUGUUCUAAAACAUGAAAUUGUUUCUUUCAAUGACGCCACAAAUGGAGUCGGGCCUGAUGAAAGUACGCCAAAGUUCUGCUCUAGUCAUCCGGAUUGCAAGAUUGACCUUUUUUGUAGAGAUCACCAAAUGUCCUCUUGUGCAUUGUGUGUUCUGCUUAAUCAUCGAGCAUGCAAACACAUUGGUUCAAUAAGGGAAGAGGCUGCUAAUUCUGAUAUUACAAAGAUAAAAGCAAAUGGGCUUCUGAAAGAAAUGAAAAGAGUUUGUUACGAUCUCGAAAAAGUAAUUGAAAGUGAACAACGCAACAUUAGGGAAAAUGAGGAAAACGUCGAUUUGUUUUCAGAAAUGAUAAGACAUUCUUAUGAAAGAUGGAUUAAGCGUUUGAAAGAAGUCAAAGAAAGACAGCUUGAUCAGUUGGCAAAAAUGUCAAAGGAUAGCAAACUUAAACUUGAAUCCUCAAUAAAAAAAUAUGAAAACUGUAAAAUGUACUUGGGAAAAUGUCAAAAAACGUUAGAAGGGGUACUAGACAGUAAUGACCAUAAACAAACUCUGCUUUGGUAUUCUUUAAUGAAAGAAAAUGUUGCAGAAAUACAGAAAAUGGAGUUCAGAAAUAUAAGAAUGGAUUUGACAUCUACUCCAAAUGAGGAAAACGCCUGUAAAAUUGAAAACUUUGAAAAAUUCGUAAACUUGAAUGUACAAGAAAAGGUCACUAACAUUCCAGAAGUACCCCUGGUAGUUGAUUUUCGUCGAAGUCAGAAGCAUGUUAUAAAGAAAUGGAAAAUCCCCCAUUCUAGUAUUAGAGGAGGUGCUUUUUCACCAAAUGGUGAUUUGAUUCUCACAGAUCUUUUCUUAAAACGUUUAACUGUAUUUAGCGAGGAAGGCGUUUUACAAAGAGAAUUAACAUUUUCGAAUUCGACUUGGGGCAUGCAUUAUGAUCAGAACACGGAAGUCGGUUACGUUACUUUUCCACAGAAACAAGAAAUCAAAUUGAUUAAUUUGCACGAUUUUGCAGAAAUCAAAACAUUUGCAAUAAAGUUUGCAGCGACAGGAAUUACAAGUGUGAAUGGAAAGUUCUUUGUGAUUGGCGCCAAAUCCCUGUGUUUGUUUAACUCUAAUUUCGAAGUAAUCGAGAAAACAGGCGUUGAUGCUAAUUCGGACGAUAUUACAUCCGAUGAUUCUGGCAAUAUCAUUUAUUCUUGUUACCAAAAAAAUACCGUCACAAAGAAAAAUAAAGCGAAUAAAAUUAUGUUUGUUUACAGGCACAACAAUCUAGAAUCGCCAUACGGUCUUGCUGUUGAUCAUAUUGGCAACAUAUAUGUGUGUGGACACCACAGCAAUAAUAUUCAUGUUAUAUCAGAAUCUGGUGAAACAUUACGCGUUCUGUAUGGAUUCCAACGUCCUCAGUUCAUUGCAUUCCAAUGUGACAGCUUUAAAUUCUUUGUUGUAGAUGAAAACGGGGUAGGAAUCUAUGAACUACACUGAGUAAACCGUUGGAGAAAGAACUUUUCGAUACAUUUAUUAAUAUUGUACAUGAAUUAAUGUUUAUAUCACAUGAUUUCAUUAUAUAUAUAUAUAUAUUCUUCCUUUUAUUAAUGAAUUAAAGUAGAAAUUUUUGA